AGCGCGCGCUCAUUCCUAGAGGAGAUCUCAGUGCGUUCAGUUCGUCGCGUGGAAUUGUGUUUGAGAAGGCAAAGAGUGCUCUCAUAAAUUUUGACGUUCAGUGUGUGAAAAAGUGUUCAAAGAAAAAAUGGCCGACAGUGGAAUUAAGAGAAACAUCCCCAUCAAGCUCGGAGACUUCAGUGUCAUCGACACUGAAUUUUCCAACAUCCGAGAGCGUUUCGACGCCGAGAUGAGGAAGAUGGAGGACGAGAUGUCUCGCUUCAGAAGCGAACUCAUGAACCGCGAGAGCAACUUCUUCAAGAGCACCUCAAGCAAACAUCACCAGACAAGCAGCACUCAACAUAGGAGCUCGACAACUUCCAAAUCCGAGGGUUGGGAUAAGGCUGAUGCCGCAAAACCUACAACGAAAUCUGCCUUCGACUCUUUCAAAAGCACCACGACCCAACAGAGCAACCAAAACAGCUCACUGAGUCCACAACAUGAUUCAAACACCUGGUUGGAUGGUCUGAACAGUCCACUCAUUCAGGAUGAGGGUGACAACAAAAUGUUGAAAUUGAGAUUUGACGUCUCUCAAUACACACCAGAGGAAAUUGUCGUCAAAACCGUUGACAACAAAUUAUUGGUACAUGCCAAACACGAGGAAAAAUCAGAAACUAAAUCGGUCUACAGAGAAUACAACCGGGAAUUCCUUCUUCCGAAAGGAACCAAUCCUGAGAGCAUCAAAUCCUCCUUGAGCAAAGACGGUGUCCUCACAGUCGAAGCACCUUUGCCAGCUCUUGGACAGGGAGAAAAACUCAUCCCAAUUGCGCACCAGUAAAUUAUCAAAAUUAUACAAAUUUACAUACGCCUAAUGAACGUUAAUUUUCGAUUUUCCCACGAAUCCUUCCUUUACCUAAAUCACAACGAAUUUCCAAAAAAUUUAUUCAAACAAAAAUUAAGCCUAAAGUGUCUUUUUCCUGAAUUUUAAACCAAUCGAUGCCUAAUCUCACACUCAGAAAAGAGUUUCUUUCAUUCAAAGGAAAUGUCUUUGAAUCAAAGAAAAUUAUUCAGCAAAUGAAAAUUUUUUUUUAAUUUAACAUGAUUUUCUUCAUUUUGAAAGAAACUUUUUUUUAAUUUAAAAAAAAAAAUAUAUUUUUCUGAGUGCGCGCAACAAGAAGCCUUUUUUUAUACGCACAAUAUAUAGCUAGUUUUUGUUAUGAAUUUUCGAUUUAAAAUCGGCAGCUACGAAGGAAGGAGAAAAAUUAGAUUUAUGAAAUUCCGUUUGUUUUUUACUUUAUUUAAAAUUUAUUUCUUUAUUGGAACGGCGUUAUUUUUCAUAGAAAAAUUUCGUCGAAUAUAUCUUCGACCAAUCAGUGAAGAUAAAAGAUUUUUUGAUUUGUGAAUUUCUAAGGUUUGUUCUACGCGAUAUUGGAAUUAAAGGCAAAAAGCAAAAUUUGAAUGGAAAAAUUUUCUGGUGGAUUUGACUGAAGUAAGACGAACCUUCGAAAUCGAAACGAUAAAUUGGUAUGAUAACUUGUAAACGUGUUAGUUUAGGUGUACGUUAAAAGACUAAAAAAAUGCCUAGCGUAUGUAAGCAUUAUUAUAUUAAUAUUAUUUAUGAAUAUUUUAAUAUUUUCGAAAACACGUAAUAUUUAAAGAAAGAGGAGACAAAUAAAAGUGAAUUCGAAA